AUGACAAAUUCUGACAGCAGUAGCGGGGGACUGGAGCUACUCUUCGCAAAUCAGAAAAAGUACGCCCUCACGAUACCCAGCAAAGAUGAAUCCGGUGCACCAUCAAACGUAGCUUUUCUUGUGAGGUACCUUUGCGACAACGUCAUGAAAGAUCCCAGGAAAGACCUGUUCGUCCUCGACGACACCGUAUACGACGACGAGGACUUGCGGUUGGCUAUGGCAUUAUCCAUGCAGCAGAGCCCUCCUGUCGCGCCAACAAACAAAGCGAUUGUCGAUCUCACCUCGGACAAUGAGAGUGAAGAUGACGACGCAGAUCUGAAGCGAGCAAUUGCAUUAUCGAUGCAAGAUAUUCCGCAGUCUGCAAAAUGUAUAGAGCCUACAUCAGCACCUGCAGCCCACGUUCAAUUGAGUUCUAACACCGCCACACCAAUGGCACAGCUGACUCAAGCGGUGCCCAAAUCCAUGCCCAAUACAAAGCAAACCUCGCCGACAAGCAAUAAGUUUGUCCUCAAUCGUAAGGCUAUGGAAGCAGAGCGUCUUGCACGACUGGAGGAGCGCAAGCGCAAGCGUAGUCCAUCUGCAGACCAGCCUUCCAAACAACUACUGAAAGCACCGACACCUGCAGCGGUGAACAAGUCCACAAGCUCCCAGUCACAGUCAGAUCCCGUACCACAAUACCCUAGAGGAGCUAUCAAGCGCACUUUCGCCACUAAGUUUCGUCGGACCGAUGAUAUCACUAUUGAUGAGCUGCUGCAAGCAUCCAUGGUCAACAUUGCAGUCAUCAGCUCUUUCCAGUGGGAUGCCGAGUGGCUGAGCCGCAAACUCAGUCAUACCAAGGUCAAGCAGCAUUGGAUCAUGAACGCAAGAGAUGCAGAGACUCAAGCAAGAUGGAGACGAGAUUUGGCAGAGUGCGGCAUACCCAACUUGCGAAUCCACUUUCCGUCCAUGAACGCUGCCGUCGGGAAUGCGCACAGCAAAUACAUGCUGCUUGUUAGUGAAAAGAAGUUAAGAGUUGUGGUAUCUACAGCGAAUAUGGAGAUGGAGUACUGGGGCGAAGUGAGAAACGACUGGCAGCCUGGAGUCUUGGAGAACUCAGUUUUCGUCAUUGAUCUGCCAAGAAGAGUUGAUGUUGUUGUGGGAAGCGUGGAAGACCUCACGCCAUUUGGGAAAGAGUUGGUGCACUUUCUGGAGGCCCAGCAACUCGACCCACUAAUCGUCAAGGGGGUGCUGAAGUUCGAUUUCUCUCAAACUGGGCACCUUGCCUUCGUCCACUCCAUCAGUGGUAGCCCCUCUGACACAGUUUCACACCCUACGGGCCUUCCUGGUCUCGCGAAAGCUGUUCAAGAUCUCCAACUCGACCAAGUGGGGUCUAUUGAGCUCGAUUAUGCGGCUUCGUCCCUAGGCGCGAUCGAUGAAACCUUGCUCCAGCGCAUCUACUUCGCUGCGCAAGGUCUGCCAUUCACCGCUCCGAAGGCAGUGGACCUUCAAGAGAGAUUCCGCAUCUACUAUCCUACUGAGGACACCAUCAAGAAUAGUCUGGGUGGUCCCGACUGUGCUGGGGUCAUUUCCUUAAGGAAGACACAUUACAGCUCACCCUCGUUUCCUGCUGAAUGCCUCCGCGACUACAUAUCAACACGCAAAGGCAUGAUAUCACACAACAAGCUACUGUUCGCACGUGGACGGCACAUGAAUGGAAAACCCUUCGCGUGGGUAUACGUAGGCUCAGCGAAUAUCUCGGAAUCGGCCUGGGGAGCCCAGAAGGUACUCAAGAGCGGGAAGAUGGGCAAGCUGACCAUGAGGAACUGGGAGUGCGGCGUCAUUGUUCCGGUGCCAAACGAAAAACUCGAGGCCGUUGACCUUGGAGAAGGCGGGGUACCUCGUAUGAGUGUUUUCGAAGGCACGAUCGAAGUGCCCUUCCAAUAUCCAGGAGAUCCUUACAAGGGUCGAAUGCCAUGGCUCCAGAGUUUCUAG